GUGAUAAAGACUUUCAAUUCAAAAUCAAAUUGUAAGUAAUCUCUCUCUCUCCCCCUAAUAAAAAUACCCAAAAGUUUUCCCCGCCAACACCAAAGCAUGGCACUUUCUACCCCACCAGCUCCGCCGGAUCCUCCGCCCGUCGCCGCCGCCAACACCACCAUCACCACAACCGAUGCAGUUAUAACAACCGGUAUACCCACAAGACCAAUUUUCUCUAACCCUGUAAGACCACCCACCCCACAACCACAUCCCCCUUUUUCCCUCCAAUCUUCUCACUUCCCAUCUACCCAGCGCCUACCGCCCUCAUCCAAUCCCAGUUACUCUCAAUUAGUCCUAAAACCUCCUAAUCCCGACUCACAACCUCAUCUUCACAGCAUUCUCUACCCAGUUGCUUCCUCCGGCCGCGGGUUUUUGUCCAAACCUAGUAAUUACCCGAAUCGCCCAGUUGUUAGCCACCUCGGGUCUAGACCAACUUUUGGGCUGAAUCAGAUGGAUCCGGGUUUGGGUCAGUCUACGGGUGUUAGACCGAGUCAUUUGCAACACGCUCUUCUUGGAUCGUCUCCUACUGUCAAUUCUGCUGGUCCUGCGGCUUCGGCUGGUGUCUUGCCUGGUGCGGUUAAGGGAUUUCCAGUUGUCAGUUCUUCGCAUCACAAGAUUGUUUCUACUCAGCCUUCCCUUUCAGAUUGUAAUGGUUUCAGAGAGAAGAGGGACAGAAGCAAGGAUGACACAUUUGCUAUAAUCAGAGACAGAAAGGUCCGAAUUUCUGAUAAUGCUUCUCUCUACACCCUCUGUCGCUCAUGGUUGAGGAAUGGGCUUCCAGAUGACACUCAGUCCCAAUACAUGGAUGGAGUAAGAUCUCUUCCUAGACCCUUGGCACUAGCUCCACAAGAUGCUGAAUCUCCUGUAAAAAAGGAGGGAGAUAAAGAAGAAGAGGAAGAGGCUGGGGAAUCUGUUGAGCAUUCAUCUCCUAAAGAACUUUUGCAAAGACAUGUCAAGCGUGCUAAAAGGAUUAGAUCACGAUUAAGGGAAGAAAGGCUUAGACGCAUUGCAAGAUACAAAACCAGGCUUGCGCUUCUCCUCCCUCCAAUGGUAGAGCAGCAAUUCAGAAACGAUCCAGCUUCUGGAAACUAAACUAUUCAAGAUUCACCUACUGGUCCUUAGGCUCUCUCAUCUGCACCCUGCUGGUACGCUCCUAUUUCAUCUUCAUAUUAUCCUCAAGGACUUUGAGGAGUGCUCAGGUUCGAUGUUGUUGAUGUUGGGGCCAAAAUUGUGUAAUAUGGUGCAAUUAGCGCCUGUAGAACGGGCAGGAUUUGUAGUGUAAUUUAGUGUUGCUUGUUAGCUAGUAUUUAUUUUAUCUGCUAUAUCAUUCAACAGUAUCACCUAUGUCGCUAUUAGAAUAGGAGGUAAUGAUAUAGCUAGGCUAGGAAAUAAAUCAUCAAUGUUUCUGAAUUAUAAAUUUAGUAGUUCUGGUAAUGUUGGCUGUGUAUUUUAACUGAGAAUUUUGGGUAUCAAUUCUUUGGUUUAGCUUGCC